CCUUUAGGAAGAAUGUGCUAAAUUCCAUUUGGAACCAUGGCAGCAUUUCUAAUUACAUGUGUCAUCAUCCAAGCAGUCCUGCUUUGGGAUAUCGAAUGUAGACCUCUUAAAAAUGGCCCCAUGUAUAAAGCUGGGUCCACUGGCGGUGGCUCUUAUAAAGCGCCAGGAGUCUACCAGUCUGAGGUAGAGGUAAACCCUGGCUAUGGAGGUACCAGUUCCCAGUCUGGCCAUGGAUACCAGGAUGGGUCUGCUAUGGCUCCUCCUCCUGGAUAUGUCCCAGAUUCCAAACAUGGAGCAUCUCAAGAUGGCUCCUGGGUUAUGUCUCCUAUCACCUUCUCCGGAGGGCAAGGUGGUUCAUCCACCAGUAAUGGCAGCCCAUCUGCUUUACCUCCUCCCCCAGAGUCCUUCCCAGGAGAGCUGCUCCAGGUUGAGGCCACGAACGAGAAAGGUGCCUACGAGUCUGAGACCCAGGAAAAAGGCACCCCUCCAUGGGCUGCCAGCGCCCCUCAACUAGGAGCCUCCAUGCCCAGUGCCUUUUCCCGGGGGUCUUCCUUUCCUUUCAAUAUGAGGUUCCUCAGAGGCCAGUACCUUACAGGAACCUACACUGACUACACCAGUAGCUUGGAGAAUGGCAGAGAUGACUCGCAGGAGAACCACUACAUCGUUUAUGACUCUCCUCGCAGCAGCAGUGAGCAGCAGCAGCAGCAGUGGGAGGGGCAACAGCAGCAGCAGCAGUGGGAGGGGCAACAGCAGGAGUGGGACAGCGUGCAACCAGUGUGGCAGCAGCAGCAGCAGGGAGCCUCUCCUCAGAGCGUCCAGAUGGCCAGUCUGGGAAUGCCAUCAGGAUAUGGACAACAAGCCCAGAGCUUUCCCACUAGGUAUUACCAGUAGCCUACCGCUAGGCAGCAAGUAUCAGGGGGAAAGCCCUCGGUGAGUGCUGUAUAUGGAGGGUACAAGGGAUGGAAGUGAACCCUUGAUCAUUAACAUGUUGUCGGUUUGGUCAAUAAAAUUACAAAUGUAACUUCCA